AUGCGAGAAAAAGAAGUGGUCCUCAGUAGAGAAGAUACUGAUCUUCUUCUAGACUGUGCUCGACUAGUGGGUAUAAUUACAGGGAAUUCCGAUCUAAAAAGAAUAGCCGAUUCAGUUGACCGACCAGAAAACUAUGAAAUAAUCCAUUGUUUAGUGCGUGGCGGGCAUAGUGAAGUCUUUGUAGUGCGUUGUCAUAGUACUGGCCAAGUGUUUGCCCUCAAGAAAGUCCAGAAGAUGCAUAUUUUAAGUGAUCCAUUGGUUAAUCCAAUUAUGAGAGAGCGAGAGUCAAUGAUUCUUGGACGGCGCAGUGAGUGGCUACUGGGACUGCAUCGUUCUUUUCAAGAUGAAACUGCCCUAUACUUUGUGACCGACUUUAUUUCGGGUGGUGACUUAGGCAGUGUUUGCUGUAAAUUAGGGGUUUUACCUGAGAAGUUAGUGCGUUUCUAUGCGGGUGAGAUUCUAAUGGCUUUAAAGGAGUUGCACAGUCUAGGAAUGGUCCAUCGGGACAUUAAGCCUGAGAAUAUUUUGAUUAGAUCUAAUGGACACAUUAUGCUGGCUGAUUUUGGUAGUGCAGCAGCUAUGGUUGGUUCUGAUCAUGGUUUGGUGGUAGGUACUCCUGAUUAUGUAGCUCCAGAACUACUGGCUAUGACGGGUGAAAGUAUUUGUGAAAAGGUCGAUGUUUGGUCUUUGGGUGUUGUUAUCUAUGAGCUAGUUUUUGGGGCCACUCCUUUCUUUGAAGAAACGAUUAAGAAGACUUACGAGCGGAUUAUGCGCAUUGAUUUUACAAUUGGCGAAUGUUCGGCUGAACUGAAAGAUUUACUACUUCGACUGUUAUGCGAACGAUCGGAACGUUUAUCAGUAGUUCAAGCUAUGGAUCAUGUUUUCUUUACUGGUUUUGAUUUUGUAGAUAAGGAAAAUAAUGCAGUAGAGUACGUGCCUGAAGUUCAUGCUCGGGAUGCAGUGGAUAAUUUUGUAGUGGAUGAGUUUGAGCCGAUUGUUGGUGUAGCUCCCGGGGCACUAGACCAUUUACAGAAGUUCUUAGGGUUUGGGUAUGCUCCUGAAGUAAAAGUACGUGGACAUUCGCCGGCCGGUAGUGAAACAUGCGAGUAUGUAGCUGCCGCUGAGUGCAAAGAAGUAUCAGCUGGUGAUUUGGAAGGUUUAGAAGUAGCAAUGAGUAAAAGUCCUAGUCCAGAGAAUUUAAAGGUAGAUGCAGUGGUUGAGACUGAUGGAAGCAAUGUAGAUAAAGAAGUAGGAACUGCCCCUAGUUCUGCCGAAGAGGAGUCAGUACCAGAACCACUAACUAGCAGCCAGAAUGAACCAUUGAGUUCUAGUGAGGAGAGUCGGUGUAUGCAUUGCCAGAGUAUUAAGCCUUUACCAGUACCAGCUGAAUUGAGAUUAGCCCAAACAGAAAUUGGAGAGGUAGAGGUUAGUAGUGGGAUUAGUAUUGAAGGGGUGGAGGAAGUGGAAGUAGAGAUUGGGGUAGAGGAAGUAGAGGAAGUGGUAGAGAUUGAGGUAGUAGAGGAAGUGGAAGUGAAAGUGGAAGAAGAAGAAGUCGAAUUAACCAGUCCGAUUGAUGGGGUGGCUGAAGAUGAAAAAGAAGAGGUUGGUUUUGAAAAUGAUAAGAUAAGAGUUGUGGAAAAAGAAGAAGAAGUAAUUAGUAAGGAACCGACUCAGACUGAGGAAGAAGUUAGAACUGAAAUCUUAUCUAGAGUUUAUACUGGAAUUAGUUCACGACUGGAUGUCUUAGAACAAGACUUGAUGAUGACGCAAGCAAGGACAGCUUCAUUUUCAUUGGACCAACUAGCCCAGGGUAUAGAUCACUUACAAAUCUCAGCUGUUCAGGAAAUCGAGCGAAUCCAACAACAAAUGCGCCAAGUAGAGGAAGAGACCCUUUUUAAAACCAAGAAGAUCAUCAGGCAGUUACAGACUGAAGUCCGUGAUGUGCAAAGUCGCAUAGAAAGAGAAGUCGAAUUAAGAGCAGCUCUUUCCCAACGCAAGGCCGACUUAGCUAAUGAAAACAAAGAGUUGAAGGAACAAAUCAGGCGCUUAAAGCUUGGAUCUAAUGUUCGGAACUUUCCAGUCAAGGUGUACAUGGACAAGAAAUGGGAGUCCUGUGUACUCUACCUUGAAGAGGACUAUAUUCGUAUUCAAAACAUGAAACUACCCCUAGCUAAGAUAUACUUCCAAAAUCUUAAGAAGAACGAGUUGAUCAGAAUGAACACUAAGGGCGAAGCCUUAUCUUUCAAGUUACUUUUACCAAUUGAAGAGGAUCUUUAUACGGAACAAACAGAAUCGUCAUCAGAUGUGCACUUACCACCGGCUGAAGAGGCCGUUUUAAAACGCGAGUUGGAAAAGGAAAUCAAGAUCUUAUCAGGGAUUGAGAUGAUUUUGAUGGUGGCUGCGGAUGAAGAGUCAAAGAAAAUGGCGAUGAAACAGAAGACAGGUACGGAAAAGAAGAUUCAAGAGAUUCGGCAGGCCUUAGAGCAGGGCAGUCCAGUUGGCCAAGUAGAUCCAGGAGUUAUUCGCUAUAACAACCAUACGUUCAAAACCACAACAUUUGCUACGUCUAUUCAAGUAUGGUGCCAUGAGUGUAAUCGGCCGUUGUAUGGAGCAGCCAAACAGGGGCUUAUUUGCAAAGGAUGCCGGCUUGUUUGUCAUCGCGAUUGCCACACACUAGUAGAGUACUCCUGUGAGCUGCGCCAAGCAAUGGAGAAAGGAACUUCAAUCAUUCUUAUGGCUAAGCAUUUGGAGGACAAAGAAAGAAUCCGGGCGCUAGUCAGUACUAACCAAAACUAA